GCUGUCAAAAAUUAUCUAAAUUCACAACUAAUCAAACGCAACGAAGUUGAAUUUCUUUUCUGCUGUUGAUUAAACGCCCAAUAAUUUUUGUUUCCCUGUUAUACGCGUGUGUGAUAUUCUUUAUAAAGUCCGCAAGACAUUCCAAAGCGCAAAAUAUCAACAAUAACGUCGCACAUAUAUUUUGGGCAGUGAGUGCAACGCUAUAAGCAGCAGACAGCAACGAUGAACUUUCUCGGAUUUGGUCAGUCGGCCGAGAUCGAUAUCGUUUUUGACGGUGCGGAAAACAGGAAAACUGCCGAGGUCAAGGGAGAAGAUGGAAAAAUUGAAAAAAUGUUACUGUACUAUGAUGGCGAAACGGUGUCGGGCAAGGUGAAUGUGACACUAAAGAAACCUGGCAGCAAAUUGGAACAUCAAGGCAUUAAAAUUGAAUUUAUUGGCCAGAUCGAGUUAUUUUACGAUCGUGGUAAUCAUCACGAAUUCAAAUGUAUCACGAAGGCGUUGGCGCGUCCUGGUGAUCUUAUACAAAACCACAGUUAUCCGUUCGACUUUCAAAAUGUUGAAAAACAAUUUGAAGUUUAUGCCGGUUCAAAUGUACGUUUACGCUAUUUCUUACGUGCCACUAUUGUGCGCCGCAUCAGUGACAUUACACGCGAAGUAGACAUAGCUGUACAUACGCUUUGCAGUUAUCCGGAAUUGAAUAGUCCAAUAAAAAUGGAAGUGGGCAUCGAAGAUUGCUUACACAUCGAGUUCGAAUACAAUAAGAGUAAAUACCAUUUGAAAGAUACAAUAAUCGGUAAGAUAUACUUCUUAUUAGUGCGUAUCAAAAUUAAACACAUGGAAAUUGCAAUUAUUAAACGCGAAUCCACUGGCACGGGUCCGAAUAUGUUCACUGAGAACGAAACAAUCGCCAAGUACGAAAUCAUGGACGGUGCACCGGUGAAGGGUGAAAGUAUACCAAUACGCGUAUUUCUGGCCGGUUACAAUUUGACGCCCACAAUGCGUGAUAUUAACAAGAAAUUCUCGGUAAAGUACUUCCUAAAUUUGGUGUUGAUGGACACGGAAGAUCGCCGAUACUUCAAACAACAGGAAAUUACGCUGUGGCGCAAAGCGGACAUACCACGCUACCACAAUCAAGGACAGCAACAACAUACUAGCAUGGUACAUGCACAUCAUCCGCAGCAUGCUUCCGCACAUUUAGCUAGUGGUCCGGCUGCACCCACAAUGGCUAGUGUUGGCAGUGGUACUACCGCUGGUGCUGGAGGAGUAGACAAUGAUUCGAGCACUACAGGCGCGGUACCCGAGAGCAAAAUGGGUUUGUUCACACGCGAGAGUCCCAAUCAAGAGUUCAGCCAACAAGUGGACUCUUUGCCGACAUCUCCAACAACACCACCGCCAGUAGAACGAGGCAUUGGCGAUGGUGCGGCCGCUAGCAACACUUCACCGGUCAUGCUCUCCACUACGCCACCCCCAUUGCCACCAGUAACUGCAACAGCAGCAGCAACAGCGUCAGCACUUACUACACAGCCUGAAGCGGAUGAUUUUCUAGCCGCUGAAAACCUACCGAUACAAACGCCGUCAGUGGAUGCGGCAGCAGACGAAGAAGACGGUAUGACUAAUGUUUCGCUGGCGCCGGCCGAUAUAGAUAUUGAUGUUGCGCCUACGAAAUCGGAAUCCAGCGGUGUGGAGACAAAGAAGCGUGAAACUGCCGCACCGCUAACUGCGGAUUGAAAAAUGCCUGCGUUUAAGGAACAGACAAAUAAAUUUAGUGUUGCAAGUGCUUAAAGCCGUCACUUUAAAAGCGUAUCGCUAAAUAGCAUU